AUGGCUGACGACGAGUUCGACAUUGACAUCUAUGGAGAUACCAACGCUGAACAGGAUGCAGUGUUCAAAAGAGAUGACGAAGGUGAUGUCAAGAUUGAUGGUGUUGAAGCUUCCAUCGUCCCAGUUGCCGAGACUAAUGGUAAACACGAAGACCAAGACGACGAUUACGUAGAUAUUAAGGUUAGUAAUGAGAAGGAUAAACUCAUUGAAGGCCAUCAGAAAAUAAAGAGUACCGACGAGUCAGGGCAAGAUCUUCUCAACAUACCCAAACAGGCCCCUCAACAACAAGGAGUAAAAAGAAAGGAGGGCUCCGAUGAUCGUCCAAUCGAUCAAGGAGCGACUACGGCCUUGCUCAUAUCCGAGUUGCAUUGGUGGAAUACCGAUGAUGAUGUCCGGGGUUGGAUUAAUCAGGCUCAGGUGGAAGAUGAGCUGAAGGAAAUGACUUUUUCUGAACAUAAAGUCAAUGGAAAAAGCAAGGGCACAGACAAGCCUACGUGGAAUUUACGUCCCAACAAGCUGCAACUGCAGCCGAAACGAAAGAUUGACGCUUUCGGCGAAGGUCAACAAUAUGUCAAGAAGCAGACAGUUACAUACCACAAUCCAAAUGUCAAUCCAUUCCGUACUUUACCCAAGGACGCGCCUGCCCGUGCCACUAAAGAAGGCCAAAAUAGCCGAUCGAGCUCGGGGCCAGGAGGUUACAACAGUGAGCGGGGCAGUCACAGUACAGGUAACUUUAGUGGUAAUUUCCGUGGUCGUGGUGGUGGUUACAACUCUUCUCGUGGAGGUAUGAACAGCAACAUGAAUCAAGGCAACUUCAACCGCAACUUCUCCGGGGCAGGAGGAUCUAUGAGUGGCGGGUUUAAUUCUUCAAUGGGUGGAGGAUUUCAGGGAAAUCCCAUGGGAAGUCAGUUUGGCGGAUUUAACCGUGGAGGAAUGAUGGGUGGCAUGCGCGGUGGACCUGGAAGUAUGAGAGGAGGUCGAGGGGGAAUGGCAAACGGUAUGAUGGGAGCGAUGCCUAUGGGAGGGAUGCCAAUGGGCGGCAUGGGAGGGAUGGGUAUGCCUAUGAAUAUGGGAAACAUGGCACAGAUGGGAGGGGGAAUGCAAGGUGGGAACGGUUUUCAACCUAUGCAACCACAUUUUAAUCCUGCGUUUUUCCAACAAAACCAAAAUGCUGGUGGCGAUUGGCAAAAUCCCCACGGCGCCAAAAGACCGAGACCAGAAUGA